GACGCCUUUUCGUUGUAUGACUGAGGUCUGAGGAUGUCCUAAAAUGUACCCCGUACAAUCUACUUCUUUUACUGUCUUGUUUACUUCAGGAAAUCCAUGUCUAGUUGCUGAAAUUUUAACAAAUAGUUGUGAGACAGGGUUAUUAUAGUAAAUUAAAACUAAAAUAGGCCUACCGAAGUAAUUAUAAAUAAAUUAACUUAAAAAAAAAAAAAACCCUAAACUUAUUUAUCAUUUCAUUCAGUUUCACCUGAUGUACUAAAAUAACCUAAACUAAAAUAAAUAAAAACUAUAGACAUUAAAAAAACGAAUAAAAAUAAAUUAAAAACAUAAAAUUACUAAACCUUUAAAACUAAAACCAAUGAAAUAAAAUAAAAUAAAUUCAAAAAUGUUAAUAAACGCUAUAAUAGUAUUUCAAUUAUAAUACAAUAACAUUGGUGUGAAGGAAAGGAGGUGUGCUGCUGGAUGUGAACGCAAACCCCGCCGCCUUCUGUUCCCGAACUUCCCAUCAUGCUCCAAGAGAAGAGCUCUGAAGUGUUGCGUGCACGCGCGCGAGUGUGUAGGACACCAUCGUUCCCGUGUAUGUGUGUGCACUGCACUUGUUGUUACCGGUGAGGCGGAUGCUUAAGAAAAGAAACCGUGUCGAAAAAAGAAGAUAAUACAGGAAAGAAAAGAAACUGUCCCGAAAAAAAAAAGAGAAUAAGAAAUUAUGUGAUGUUUCUUUAAAAAACGGUCUGACAGAGACUGUUCAUCCUGCAUUUGGUUGUAUCUGCUCCGUGACUGACCAGCAGGCAUGACCCUCUCACAGCGCAGAUAAACCUGCAUCCUCCAGCCUUUGACCUCCUCUGGUUAUCACUACAGCCACAGAACGUAAGAUGGAAGAAAUCGAUUAUGCGAGAGCCAAGCCCGUGGCAGAAGACUCAAAUGCUGAUGCCAUCAAUAUUGACGAUGGACGUUAUACUGCGCUGCGUGAAGAUCUGGAAGCAGAUGCUCGGGAUUUUGAGGCUCCCACCUGGAGUUUAGCUGUUGACCAGCAAUAUUUAAAAAACUAUUCCAAAGAGGCCAUUAAAAGACAGGAUGUAAUACAUGAGCUGAUUCAGACAGAAAUAAAUCACGUGCGGACGCUAAAGCUGGUUUUGGGCGUAUACGUGCGAGAACUGCGUGAGAACCUGCAAAUGGAUGAGACGCGACUGGAAAGACUCUUUCCACAGGUGGAAAACCUGCUCCAGGUGCACCAGCUUUUCCUCGACCGCCUUAAACAGCGAAGAGUCAAUUCCAUGGAGGCAGGCAGUACCCAGAAUUACUGCAUCCACAGUAUUGGAGACAUCCUUAUCGCACAGUUCUCAGGUGAAAUUAGAGACAGACUGCAGUAUUGCUAUGGAGUGUUCUGCAGUCACCACACCGAUGCAGUCAACUGCUACAAAGACUUGAUGCAAAACAAGAAGUUCCAGGCUUUAAUACGAAAAAUAUGUUCGUUGUCCAUUAUACGGAGAUUAGGAAUCCCAGAGAUUAUUCUCCUUAUAACGCAGCGCAUCACAAAAUAUCCAGUUCUGUUUGAACGUGUCAUUAAAUACACUGAAGUCGACUCAGAGGAGCACAAGAGCUUAGUACGAGGUCUGGACUUGCUGAAAGACACCAUAUCACAAGUGAAUAAUCACGUGGACGAGUUUGAGAAAGCGGCAAGGCUGAGGGACUUGAGCAGUAAGCUGGAGCCCAAGUCACAGGUCAAGAUGACCCACGGGCGAGUGUUUCGCAGAGAGGACAUGCUACAGGACAAGAGGAUGCUGCUUCACGAGGGCAUGCUCAACUGGAGGGUAACUUCUAACAAAAGCAAAGAUGUCCUAGUCUUGCUGUUGUCAGAUGUUUUGCUGCUGUUACUGGAGAAAGAUCAGAGACUUACCUUUGCCUCUCUGGACGGUAAGCCUGCAGUGAUUUCACUGCUGAAGCUCAUUGUGCGUGAAGCGGCUCAUAACGAGAAGACCAUGUUUCUGAUCUCCGCCGCCUCGGACACUCCAGAGAUGUAUGAGUUUCACACCUCAUCCGGAGAGGAGCGCAACACCUGGAGAGACAAAAUCUGGAAGGCCGUGGAACUCUGUCCAGAAGAUGAAGAAGAGGAGCCAGAAGAGCUCUCUGAGAGGAUCCAGGACUUUCAAAGGAGGCUUUACAUUCAUGAUGCCAUGAUAGAGCAGAACCUUACAGAAAAGCUGAGGUUAUUCACCAGCAUUACAGCCUAUGUGACAGGUGUUACUGACAUCUCUCCAAGUGACCGCCAUCUGCUGCGUGGGAAUGCAUCAGAGCCCCUGCAGGGGGAACAACUCCUCGCCGGAGCCCUGAAAGAUGUGGAGAAUUUACAAAACUUGCUGGUAACAUGUGAGUACGGCCAAACUCCUCCUCCUGGUGAAGGGAUGGAUCUGGUGCCACUUCCCAAAAGACCUGAAGCUUUCAGAGGCUUUGAGAGUGAAACCUACAUGCUAUCUGGAAGUGGUAUUGAGAGUCUAGUGGAAAGAACGGGAGAAAGAUGUCAGUGGUCCAACUCGGACCCUCAGCACAGAGAGCUUUAUUCUAAUGAGGACCUGGAGCUGUCGGCAGAUGAGGAGAUGACUCUUCAGAGCUGGAGUGCGUAUCUGUCAGUCUUCUUCCCUAAAGCAGAGCUUUAUGACAUUGCAAAUAGAUUGUCUCAGAAACUUUACAGCCUUCAGUCCAUCGUUCAGCAGCAAGAGAGCCACAUCGAGUUGCAGCGCGCCACUAUUGAGGAGCUGAUGUCACGCCCCCGGGGCAACACUCUCCUGGAGAAGGAAAAGCAUCGGAACCUGGAAAAGCAGCGUGAGGAGCUGGUCAACUUCCAGCGGCUCCGGAAUCAGCACCGACAGGAGCAGGUGCAGUGGGAGCAGGAAAGAGAAAGGCAGAGAGUGCAGGCAGAGAUCAGGGAGAAGGAGCUGAGCGAGAGAGAACUGGAAUGCAGCAAACUGGAAGAAAAGCUUGUGGAAGAUAAACAGGAACUGGCCAGGGGCAGAAUGGUGUACCAAGAGGAUCUGGAGCGGCUCCGAGACACUAUGCGUGCUGUGGAGAAGGAGAAAGAGCAGUUGCAGAAGAAGUAUAAGAAGUAUGAGAACGUACCCAACACCUUUCCCUUGGAGAAUGAACAGAUACAGUUACCUCCACCCUACCCCAUAUUGAAUGUGGUUACUCCCGGCUUUGAAGAGAGGCCUCCCCUGGUACCACCACGCAGGGAGAGCAUCAUUAACCUUCCUCCUAAAACAGAAGUGCCCAUCCACCUCAUUAGUACCACCAACCAAUCCCACAAAGCCGGCUCUGUCCAACAGAAGAUCCCCACCAAGCUGGCCGCCCAACCAAAAGGCAAGGAGAAGCACAGCAAGCACAGGAACUCCCAUCAGCGCACCAACAGCGCAGCUGGCAUAGAGGUGUCUCAGUUACUUCCCAUCAAAGUUGCAGUCAAGGAAGGAGGCAGUUUAAGAGCCAUGAGAUCCAACAGUCCUCACCAACUCCAUCUAGAUACGUUCAUGCCUCCAGAGAGGUUAUCCAGCUCUGCGCCCUCUCAUUCAGGAAAUGGCAUCAGGAAGCACAACAACAAUCAUAACACACAGAGUAGCCAGUCAGGACACCGUAAGCCCAAAGACAAUGCAGCUGCAGAAGACAUUUAUUUCUUUUAAUGACCCCGUGUGAUUGGCAGGACUAUAACAAUUGUUUUUUUUAUGACCUGCACUGAUGCAAUUUUUUUUUUUUUUUUUUUUAUAUAAGAAACCAUGCAGAUUUUGGUCAUAAUCAUGAUUUCUGUUUUUAAAACAAAUAUAUUCACGGAGUUAGUGAAAAAAACAAUUUGUGAGAAAUCGUUCUUAGAUGUACUUAUCAGAGUUUUAGGGCUCUUACUUAAUGUACUACUCUGUCUCCUAAACAAUCUGUUUCCUGAUAAUCGCAGUAUCCUGUUUAGUUUCACAUUACAGAGUGGUCUUUGUCUUAAUGAUUUGUCAUUCCUGUAAAUAGCUGUUUUUAGUUAUUUAUUGUGAUUUUAUUUCAGGGAUGUUUGGCCCACAAGCGUUACACUGCAAAGUCUUAGUGUUCUUCCUGGACUCUUUAUAGGAGUCGUGUAAUCAAGAGCUUCUCAGCUGUGACAUUUUAAAAGAAGUGUAGACCUAUUUAAUGUGUGGAAUACAGUUUUGGUUUAAAGUGUAAAUUUCCUUUUUCAUUUUCUCUCUUGUUUCUGCACAUUGUUUUGCUUCUGUCAACUGGAAAAUGUUAUAUUUGAGCAAAUAUUUUAGUGUUUUAGAAAAAAAUAGCCUCGUUUUUCUUUAUGACUGGGGAUAUAUGCUCUUCACUACUAAAUGUCAGAGGUACCACUUAUGUCUUUUUAGUUUUGGUCUUAUUCAUUUAUACUGUAAGUAGCUAGACCACGGCACAAUUCUGUUGGAUCAUUAUUUUAUGUUUUUUAUUCUGAGAAAAUACAGACUCUUAAUUAGAAACCGUACAUUGUAAAUACAGCUUUUUUGUCCUCGCAAAGAGAAACUGUUGCACUUUUAAGUGCUUGCCAUCGGCUCAGUAAAAUGAACAAACAUAAAACCCGUGUUCAGUUUUUCUUCACAUUGUUUGUCCGUCGAUUUUCUUUUGAAUAAAUACAGUCAGUGACGCCAAAUUCCACUCACGACAUGUCCUAUAAAUUGAUCACACACACACAAAAA